AUGGCAGGUGGUAUACAAAAUGUUGGAUGUAUGCCCAGAGAUUUGAGAAACUUUGAAAGAGAUUUGAGAGAAGAAGUGAGAGGACAUGAUGCAACUAUGCUACUAGAGUACUUUGAAUCAGAAAAGGAAAAGAAGCCAUCUUUUUAUUUUGAAGUCGACCGAGAUGAAGAAAACAGAAUGACUCGUUGCUUUUGGGCUGAUCCUACCUCAAAAAAAGCAUAUUUUUUCUUCAACGAUGUUGUUGUGUUUGAUACCACCUAUAACACAAACAAAUAUCGCAUGAUCUUUGCUCCAAUCACAGGCGUCAAUCAUCAUGGCCAGACAAUUGUAUUUGGUUGUGGACUUUUAAGUGAUGAGAAGACUGAAUCUUUUAUUUGGUUAUUGGAACAAUGGCUGAAAGCUAUGCCUAGUGGUCCACCGAAAGUUAUAAUCACUGAUCAAUAUCAAGCAAUUGCAAAAGCCAUUGCUCAAGUUCUUCCACAUACACUCCACCGUUUUUGUAUUUGGCAUAUCAUGUUUAAAUUUCGAGACAAGCUCGGUCCUGUGAUUGCUCAAGGUUAUUAUGGACUCUUCAAAAACAGUGUAUAUAAUUCUAAGACUAAAGAAGAAUUUGAAGCUAGUUGGAAGAAUGCUGUGCAACAAAGCAAACAAGAAAAUCAUGUAUGGUUGACCACAAUGUAUGAACUACGAAGUAGAUGGAUCCCUGCAUUCUGCAAUCACAUCUUUCAUGCAGGUAUGCAAAGUAGUCAAAGAGUUGAAAGUAACCAUUCAUUCUUCAAAACAUUUGUUUCUCUGAACAAUUCAUUAUUGGAUUUUGCUACAAGGAUUAAAAGGGGACUUGGACAACAAAGACAUGAAGAACUUAUUCGUGAUCACAUUGACAGUAAUGAAAUUCCAAAGACAAAGACGUAUUAUCCAAUAGAAAAGCAGAUGCGUGAGGUGUACACAAAGGAAAUAUUUUUGAGGUUCCAAGAUCAGGUUGUCAAGAGUACAGCUUACUUGAAAUGUGAAACUUUGAAGGAGGAUGAACAUGACUGUGUGUAUACUGUUUUAAGGGCUGCAGAUGAUGAACAAAGCUGGAAAAGGGUUUGGCAAAGGGAGAAGGACAGGGCAGCUGAGGAUGAGGGCAAAGGGUUUGUGGAGGACCUGAAGGUGAUGAUAGGUAAAGGGUCUGUGCCUAAUGCAAAGGCAAUGAGAGAGGUUUUAAAGGCUGAUGUUUGGGAUUUGUUACACUGCCUUAGACUUGCCUCUGAUCAUGGUUACAGAGCAGUGGAGGUAGAACCUGACACUAGUUCUGUUUCUCAAACUCAGUUGGAAGAGAUGGAUUCUGUUUACAGCCUUGUAUACAGUACGUUGCAAGAAUAG